GUUGAGAGAAGCUGUAGAGCAGUAAAUGGUUGUAGAUUGUUGCAGAAGUUUUGCAGGGUUUCUGAAAGAGACGCUCAAUUGACACCUGAUCUUGUAUGAUUGCUCUUCAUGGCUGUGAUGGCGAUUUCUGUUUUGAACAUGUUUAUUUUACUCCUUUUCUUCUUUGCUGUUGAUGGACAAGGAUUAGGACAGUUUGCUGUUGAUAGACAGAAAUCAGGGCCGUUCUUCUUGUUGACAUUUCCUGCAGUGAUUGAGUCCAGUUCUCAUGUCAAAUUGUGUGCAAGUCUUCUGAAACCCAACGAGAGUCUCGCAAUGACCAUUUCUCUGCUUGAUGACAAAAACAUGACCACUCUACUUGUGCAGCAGAGCUCUCGGAUGGCAUUUCACCGCUGCUUUAGUUUCCAGGCUCCUCAAGUAGAAGGCGAAUCGGUGCAGAAACUGAGGGUGGUACUUCAAGGGAGGUUCUUCAAAGUGACACGAGAGAGGAAAGUCAUGUUCAGACGUUACCUUCCUCUGACCUUCAUCCAAACCGACAAACCCAUCUACAAUCCAGGACAAACGGUUAAUUUCAGAGUUGUUACCAUGGAUGCCAAAUUUGUGCCUCUUGAUCAAAUGUACAGUCUGGUGGUUGUGGAGGACAAUCAUAAUAACCGGAUCAGUCAGUGGACAAACGUUUCUUCAACGGGGUGGAUAUUGCAGCUUUCUCACAAGUUAAACCCCGAGGCUCAAGUUGGGAUGUACACACUGAGGGCUUUUAUUGGUGACCAAAUGAUCUCCCAGGUUUUUGAAGUGAAAAAAUAUGUUUUACCCAAGUUUGAUGUGACUGUAACCACACCACAGAUGUACAGUGUUGGAGAUGUGGGACUGAAAAUUGUAGUUUGUGGCAAAUACACAUAUGGGCAGCCUGUACCUGGUCAAGCACUGGUGGAAGUGUGCCGUGAGCCAUUUCCAUAUGUUGUGAUUCCAGAGGUGAAACGUCUGUGCCUGAAUAAAACUGCUAAGAUGAACAACACAGGCUAUGCAUCCCUUACUGUCAGUACGUCAGUGUUUUUCAACACCAGAUUUGAGACUAGUCUGCAAGAUUCAUUUCUUGUUAACGUGAACCUCACUGAGGAGGGAACAGAUGUAGUGACGUCAAAAUCCACAACUGUGUCCAUUACGUUUGAAGUUGGCAAGGUCACGUUUUUGGAACUCCCAGGUUUAUUUGCCUAUGGAUCAAUGAUUAACGGAAAAAUCUCUGCAUCUUAUUUCAAUGGGACUCCAAUCGCAAGCAAGGCAGUCUAUCUCCUGGAUAGUAGCCAAUGGCCCAACAAACUGCUGCUGAAUCUGACUACAAACAUGAAUGGACUGUCCGCUUUCUCCCUCAACACUGCUGAUCUCCCUAAAGCUGAUCUGAAUCUGGUGGCAAGUGCAACUCCACAGGUCGUUUAUAGUUACAAGUCCCCAUUCUUCGGUUCAGAUGCAAGGACUGUGUCUCUUUUCCAAACUGCUACUCCCAAUAACCCAACCUUUAGUGAACUGACUAUAUUGAAGCUUGAGCAGCCACUGAAAUGUGGUGCCAAGUAUCCAGUGAUGAUCAAGUAUUCUUUUGUUGGAGAAACUGGUGACUAUAGUGCUGACAUCAUCUAUAUGGUCUUAUCCAGAGGAGUGAUUGUUCUGCAUGGAUUUGAGAAGGUUGAAGCAUGGGCUUCUAAUACGGUCACAAGUGGCACGGUGUCGUUCCAGCUGUCAGUCAGUCUUGAUAUGGCUCCAGUAGUGCAGAUUCUGGCCUUCUGUGUUCUGCCCAGUGAGAAUGUAGUUGCUGCUAGUGCAACCUUUGACACAGAAAGGUGUUUCCAAAACCAGGUGUCUCUGCAGUUUUCUCCAGCUACUGCCGUUCCUGGUGAGGAAAACACUUUGACGGUCUCUGCUCAAGCAGGAUCCUUGUGUGGCCUCAGUGCUGUUGAUCAGAGUGUCCUGAUCAUGGAGCCAGGAAGACAUCUAAGUGCUGAAGCGGUCUUCAGCUUGCUUCCGGUGCAAUCAUUAUCAGAUUUUCCAUUCAGUGUUGAGGAUGAACAGCAGUGCCUGAACGUUCGACCCCGUCGGGCUGUUCCUGCAGACCAAGCUUAUGAAUCUUUCAAGAGUGUGGGACUGAAGAUUGCAACAAAUCUGCCUGUCAGAGAACCUCACUGCCUGACAUACAGAGGCCUGGAUUACUAUCGCAACUUCCGUGAUGUGAACUCUUUUCGUCGUCCUGCUGCCUUGGCAAUGGCUCCUGCUGCAGUAGCUGAGAGCGCUGAAGGAGAGCACAGUUCCCCUCUUGAUGUGACCAUCAGGACUUACUUUCCAGAAACAUGGAUCUGGCAACUUGCUCAAGUGGGAGAGACUGGAUCCACACAAGUUCCUCUCAAGGUUCCUGACACCAUCACCACAUGGGAGACUGGGGCGUUCUGCCUGUCCUCCAAAGGUUUUGGCUUGGCUCCUCCUGUUCAGCUGACUGUCUUCCAGCCCUUCUUCCUGGAGCUCUCCCUGCCUUACUCCAUCAUCCGUGGAGAGUCUUUUGAGCUGAAGGCCACAGUCUUCAACUAUCUGUCCAAAUGCAUCAUGGUUCAAGUGAAUCCAACUAGGUCCUUGGCCUUCACUCUUAGAUUAUUUAAUGAGCCGUAUUCAUCCUGUCUCUGUGGCAAUGGAAGAAAAACUUUUAAAUGGGUCUUCACUGCUUCUGUUCUUGGAACUUUAAAUGUUACAGUCAGUGCUCGGGCUGUACAACCCCAGGGCAAUGUGUGUGGCAAUGAGAUUGUGAGUGUGCCAGAGAGAGGACGAAUUGAUGUGGUCACACGAAGUCUACUUGCCCUGGCUGAAGGACUUGAACGGACAAACACCCAGAGUUGGUUACUCUGUCCAAAAGGAAAUGUAGUUUCAGAAGAUGUGAGACUGACGCUUCCUAUAGAUUUGAUCCAGGGAUCCGCCAAAUGCUCAGUUUCAGUCCUUGGGGACAUAAUGGGUCGUGCACUAAAGAAUUUGGCUGGAUUAUUAAAGAUGCCAUCAGGCUGUGGAGAACAAAAUAUGAUCGUUCUUGCUCCCAAUAUUUACAUCCUACAGUACCUGGACGUCACUGGGCAGCUCACCACAACCAUCCGACAGACUGCCAUUGGUUACCUUCAGAGCGGAUACCAAGGACAACUAAACUACAGGCACAGCGACGGUUCAUACAGCACAUUUGGCUACGAUGAAUCGAACACAUGGUUGACCUCCUUCGUCCUGAGAUCUUUUGGCCUAGCAAGGAACUUCAUCUUCAUUGAUCCGAAUGUUCUCCAGAGUGCAAAGGAUUGGCUGUUUAGCAAGCAGGUCCCAGAUGGCUGUUUUAUGCAACAGGGAAAUCUGUACCAUAAUGAUAUGAAGGGUGGAGUUGGUGAUAAUGUGACCAUGACCGCCUACAUCACUGCAUCACUGUUUGAAAUGGACAUCCCUGUUAUGGUAAUAGUCACCAGUAGCUAUUACACCAUGGCUCUGCUCGCCUACACCUUCAGUCUGGCUGGAGAGACCAGCACUCAAGCACAGCUUUUAAAUGCCUUGGACAAUGUUGCCAUUUCUGAAGGCACUAAGCUCCACUGGUCUCAGACUACAUCUGGUGACACUCUGGCGGUGGAGAUCAGCUCCUAUGUGCUGCUGGCGGUGCUCUCUGUACAGCCUCUCACGACUGCUAAUCUGGGCUAUGCUAACCGCAUUGUCAACUGGCUCGUGGCACAGCAGAAUCCUUAUGGAGGCUUCUCCUCCACCCAGGACACUGUGGUGGCUCUUCAUGCUCUGUCAGUGUACGCCACUAAGGUGUUCAGCUUGGCUGGUUCCAGCACGGUUACCGUACAGUCCUCAGUGGUAGGAGGAGACUCUUAUAGCUUUGAUGUGAAUCGGGACAACAGGCUGCUGUAUCAGGAGAAGCCACUGAAGAGUGUUCCUGGCAGAUAUAGUGUUAGAGCAACAGGAUCCACCUGUGUGUCUGUGCAGGCUGUAUGUUUCUACAACAUCCCGGCACUCAUUAAAGUAGCCAGGACACUGAGCAUUGAAGUUAAGGUGACUGGAGACUGUGGACCACUUGGAGCCAAUCUCAUGUUGAACUUCACUGUGAAAUACAAUGGAGCAAAAACAAGUACUAACAUGGUUCUAGUGGACAUUAAGCUGCUGUCAGGCUUCACCGCAGAUACAUCACUGCUUGGAUCUCCAGCCCAAUCUUUUGCCCCGCUAGUGGAACGGGUUGAUGCUGGAGAAGAUCAUGUCCUAGUGUAUCUGAAAGAGAUUCCCAAUGGCGUCCCCAUGACCUACAAGCUGCAACUGCAACGGGUUCUUGUGGUGAAAAAUCUCAAGCCAGCGGUCGUCAGAGUCUAUGACUACUAUCAGCCAAGUGAUUCAUUUGAGACCACAUACAUGUCCCCCUGUACAUGAUUGUUUCAGGACUCCGUACCGAAAACAAGAGCGAAUAAAACCACUUGUAUAAUUAAUAAUUU